UUUAUUUUCACACAAAAUUACUCUUCCACCACCAAUACUAUCUCGACCCACCGUAUAACCCUUCGAAAGAAGCAAGAAUAAUAUCGGCGGCGCGAUCAACGCGCGUCAUCCUUCGCCUCGAAUGAUGGAUCCAACGCCAUUCAAAACUGUCCUGUCAUCGGCGCGAAGUGGAAGGUCGCUCGCUCGGCUGACUUUCUAGAAGAUCCACCGUGAAGGGAGACGACUUAUCCGAGCAGAGCAGAGAUCGAGAAUGGCAGGGAGCGGAGAAGAGAAGAGGUGGUCAAUGGUGGUUCAACCAAACAAGCCGAACAAACGCGCCUUUCCCCAGUCUUUCACGUCCCGAGGACCGGUCACCAUUCCCGUUCCGUCGUCGUCGUCGUCGUCGUCGCCGUGUUGUUCACGGUGUUCUCGUCAGCAUCACGCUGUGUUCCGUUCCUCUCUCGAGUUGUGGUUACCGUGUUUACAUGCCGAGGAUGACACUGGUUCCUCCUAACGGCGCGCUUCGAUCCUAGUCUUUGUUGGGAUUGUUUGUCGGAGUGUUUUCGGGGAGGGGGGGUGGAAGUGGGACAGGAAGGGAUCAUGAGGGUCCACGACAACCUGUGCUCCUCGCUGGGAUACGUCGUGUUCCUUCUGUUGCUUGUCGAGGGUGUACGAAAUACCGGAAGUGGUAAAGUGUCGAAGAGGGCGAGGCCAAUAGACCCUGAUACCGAGGACAACCGCGGCAAUCGCGACAACGAGGAUUAUUAUUACGAGGACGUGGACGAAAGAAACAAUCCUACGAACGAGGCACCGGUCGUUCCUCCAGGAUUCCUCAGUCCAUCGGUGCGGGAGUAUCUGGAUCUUGGUAAAUCGAUACCAGGUCGAGCAGGCACCGAUUAUCCCGUGUUGGGCAAGGUGCCCUACACGAAUUUCUACUGCGACGACCAACCCUAUCCAGGCUUCUUCGCGGACGUGGAGACGAGAUGCCAGGCGUGGCAUUAUUGCGACAUAGACGGGCGCCAGGCAACGUUCCUGUGCCCGAACGGAACGCAAUUCAGCCAGGCGGUGUUCGUGUGCGAUUGGUGGUUCAACGUGAGAUGCGAGCUGAGCCCUAAACUGUACGCCAUCAACAGCAGAUUGUACGGAAGGCCCACGGAGAGCCCGACCAGGCCCCACCGCCUCAUCACCAAGGAGCUGUUGGAGAACAUCUUCGUCAGGCGGAAAUGAGGGUGUUGAGAGAUUCUUCUUCGUGCCUUCGUGAAGAUGGGCACUGGAACGGGAUUGGAUUAGUGGAAAGCGUAAGAUUAAUACUAACUAAUGAAAUCUCGUACCGGUUUUUAAAUAAGCUUGACUUCUCAUCAUGAGACUUUGCGUAUCGAUCUAUGCGUGUGAUCUUCGGUCCUUUUCAAUCUUUCGCAAUGAUCUUCCAACGAUGUAUGUAUGGUAUGUAUUUGGUUGAUACAGAGAUUUGAAAAAUAUAAAUAAAAUUCCAAGAUUUGCAGAUAUUAACUGGAUGCGAGAAGCAUCGAGUUUCUGUUGUUCGUAUUUCUAUUUCGAUCAAUCAGAUUAUUGUAUUUAUCUUUUUAUAUACAUAUAUAUAUGUGUAUAUGUAUGAAUGAAUGGGCGACGAAUGCGUAGAAGUAAUAUAGAAAAUUAAUAUAGAAAGGAUAAGAUAAGAUAAGAAAAAAAAAAUUGAAAUAGAUUUAUCGACGGUUCAAGUGCCACGAAUUUUUCUGUAAAGAUACCGCACAGGUGUCUGUCUACUUUUCAUUCUGAUCCUAUUUACAGGAUAUUAGGAUGAUAGGAUUAGCAAAUUCAUGCGUUAACCUUAAGCUAAGUAAGCGUGAUUUAUCCCUGAUAAUUUCUAGAAUUAUGAAUCGUGUUAAAGAAGAAAAUACUUAUGUAUACCUUUUAUCCGUGAACAAGUUUGGAGAAAAGUUUUCUGUGAAGUAAUAAACGAAGAAAGAAAUAA